CUGGUUUCAAGUUUGCCCGAGGAUUUCGGCUUGUCUUCAUGUAUCGAAGGCUACUGCAUAACAAUAUGCUAUUCAAUAUGCUACAACGAGAGCUAAACUUGAUUACCUUGCUGGUGCUACUAUGCCAACAUGGUGUCAAAGCAGUGGAAAUCCAUACCUGUGAGGGAGAGACUGCCAGCCCCACCUGUGCACAGGGAACCAUUAAAGUGCUUGCAGCCAAUUUUGGGCGCACAAACACGACAGCCUGCUCCACUGGAUGGUCAGUUACACAGCUCUCAAACAUUCAGUGCACCAAGGACAUUUCCGUCAGUCUGGCCAGCCAGUGUGAUGGAAAUCAGAACUGUUCCAUUAUUGUGAACACUGCAGUUUUUGGUGACCCUUGUCCAGGAAUUUACAAAUAUAUGAAUGUGUCUUACACUUGUGUCCUACCAGCUGAAGUUGACGACCCUAUCUGUGAAGUAAAUACUGCCGGCCUCUACUGUGAGAAAAUCUGUCAAAAUAAGCUAAGGACCAUUAGCUGUGAAGAGGGACGCACAAUUAGCGUUCAAAAAGCUAAUUAUGGGAAGAGAGAUUUUUUGAUUUGCCCGCACUCCGAUUUUAAUGCCACAUCUUCCAAAUGCAACUCCCCUCAGACCAAGGUUCUCCAUCUUUGGUGUAAAGGAAAACGUCACUGCAACCUAUAUGCUUCAAGUUUACUUUUCCUUGAUCAGUGUCCUCACAUCUACAAAUAUUUGGAGGUGUCAUACAGUUGUGUAUGAGCAUACUGGUGUUUCAGAAGGGCCAGACUCUUAAAUCAGCAAUGACAACAUCUGCAUACCUCUAAGUGACCUUAAGGAAUAAAUAUUCAGUAUAAUUUAUUAAUCUGUGUUCUUCUUUAAGUUAUAUAAAUUUGUAAAUGAUGUUAUAUUAGUUUAUAGAAUUUAGGUAUUUUAUUCACUAGAAGACACUGCUGUAUAAUAAACACAUAUAUAGCCUAUUGCAGUGGUGCCCAAACUUUUUCCUAUAGGGCCACUGCAAAACUCUAAACUUUUAAUA